ACUUGUGUGUCGGUUGCUAUGGGACCCUCUCAUUACUUCCGUACACAAGUUUUAUUGUGAUUCCAUCGAGAUGUAAAUGUUAUAGCUGCGUUCAAAGAGUGAAAUAGAGGCACAAACCUCCGAGAUAAAAUAGAGAUAAUAAUGCAAGUAAGUCAGAGAAGCAAGCCGCGAUGCAGGGAAUUCACUGGACCCACUCCGCAUUCAGUCGCUGUGAGAGCCAAGCUCCCCUCGGCGAGGCCGCCUGACUUCCUGAUCCUGGAAAGGCGGCGGCAGGAGGCGGCGAGGGGCCAAGUCCUGGCCUUCAUGCAGCACCAGAGCCGCCGUGACCUGCAGACCCAGUGGGAGAGGGCCACGGACCGCCGCAUCGCCCUGGGCACCGUCCAGAGACGAGUGCAGGAAGCCAUGGAGCAGUACAAGCUGGGCAUUGAGGACAGGAGGGAAAGGCUGCGUGACCUGCUGGAGACCGAGGAGAGAAAUUACCUCAGAGAACUGGAGUCCAGGGAGGAGACCCUGUUGGAGCGGCAGGCAAAGAUGCGGGAGAGGGCCAAGUUCCUGCGAGAGAAGAGAGAGAGCGAGAGACAAAAGCUGGUGGCUGAGAAACUGGAUCAGAGGUUCCAGGAGCAGUGUGAGGAGCUGCGGGCAGUGAUGACCCGCCGCAGGCAGGAUGAGGUCUGCUCCGAGAGGACGGCCCAGCUGUCCCUGAAGGAGAGGAUGCGCCGGCAGCAGCAGGAAGAGGAGGAGCUCUUUGUCCAGCUGUGGGAGAAGGACCGACAGGCCAAAGAGGAGAGGGAAGGCCAGGAAGCCCAACGGCAAAGGGAGAGGAGCCGCGAGCUGGCAGACUUCCUGGAUGUACAGAAAGCUGACGCUGAGGCGCAGAGACUGCAGGCCAAGCUGCUGAAGGAGGAGGAGGCACAGCUGCUGAAGGAGCAGCGGGAGAUGCGGAGGCUGGAGGAGGAGCGCGAGAAGCGCCAGCGGCUGCAGAGCCAGCAGCAGACGCGCCGCCUGCUGGACCAGUCCCUGCGCCUCAAGAUGAAGCGGCUGGCCCGCGAGCAGCAGGAGGAACUGGCGCUGGACAUGAAGAUCAUGGAGCAGCUGCUGCACGAAGAGCAGGACGAGACCGCGGAGAGGCAGCACAGGAAGCUGGAGCUUCGCGGGGAGCAGCAGAGGUACCGGGAGUACCUGGCCCAGCAGCUGGAGGAGCAGAGGAGGCAGGAGGUGGAGAUGGACCGGCUGCUGGAGGCUGAACUCAACCGCUCCUGGGCCAAGAAGGCUGAGCAGUGGAGACUGGAGAAGGAGGCCAGGGACCGGCUCAUGAAAGAAGUCAUGGACACCCGGCGCCUCCAGAUCCAAGCGAAGUUGGAUGAGAACAGCCAGAAACAGGCCCAGCUUGCAAAAGAGCGAGAUGAGCUGGCCAGAGCCAUCGAGGAGCAGAAAGCUUUGGAAGAGGCAAAGAAGAUAAGCCGAAAGAAGGCUAACCAGGAGUACCAGGGGGCGCUGCUGGCUCAGAUGACUUACCAGCAGCGCCUGCGAGAGGCAGAGAGAGCCGAGGAGUGGCAGGAGUUUCAAGACGGGCUGCUCUCUGAGGAGGAGUACCAGAAGAAGGUUCAGCAAGCUCUCUCCCGGCCCUGUUCCGACCAGGCGCAGGUACACCCUUUCAGAAGAGCCCGUCUUUCCAGCCCCAAGGACUGGCUUUCAGCCUGACAUUGCACAAGCACAGAAACAUAACACAUGCUGUAGCUCUAACAGAAUAAAAUCUAAUGUAAUAAAGAAGAUGA